AGGGUUGGACGGAAGAGUAGCGGGAAUGUGGGCAUGCACACGAGCGUGCGAUUCUUGCAGCCGGCGUUAGUGCCUGGAAACUACCACUACAGCCCGGAAGGGCUAGGAUUCCAAGGCGGACACUCCUAACUUGGAGAGUCUGCGUUGUCUGCUGACUCUAAGUGCACGGUUAGUGCACACUGCUCUCUGAGCGUGCACACAGUGCUGUUGUCCCGGAGCGUCUGGCAUGAAUUCUGUCUUGUCUGAGUUCACAUGUUAUAGGAGGGAGCGUCCUAGGCCCCACCGGUGGCCAGGAUUAUGGAGAGGUGGCACUGGAAGGACAUAAUCAUCGCCACCUCUUCGCAGAUGGCCUCGUCGAGCCCUGAGGCCCCUUGUUCCUGCGACUGCUUUGUCUCUGUGCCCCCUGCCUCAGCCAUCCCUGCUGUGAUCUUUGCAAAGAACUCAGACCGCCCCCGAGAUGAGGUGCAGGAGGUGGUGUUUAUACCAGCAGGCACUCAUGCCCCUGGGAGCCGGCUUCAGUGCACCUACAUCGAGGUGGAACAGGUGUUAAAGACUCAUGCUGUGAUUCUGAGCCGCCCUUCUUGGCUGUGGGGGGCCGAGAUGGGAGCCAAUGAACAUGGUGUCUGCAUUGGCAAUGAGGCAGUGUGGACCAAGGAGCCUGUUGGGGAGGGGGAAGCCCUGCUGGGUAUGGAUCUACUCAGGCUGGCUCUGGAGCGGAGCAGUACUGCCCAGGAGGCUGUGCGUGUGAUCGCAGGCUUGCUGGAACGCUAUGGACAGGGGGGCAGCUGCCGGGAGGAACCCGUUCCAUUCUGCUAUCAUAACACCUUCCUACUGGCUGACCGGACAGAGGCGUGGGUGCUGGAGACAGCAGGGAGGCUGUGGGCUGCUCAGCGGAUCCAGGGGGGUGCCCGCAACAUUUCUAACCAGCUGAGCAUUGGCACCGACAUCUCAGCAGAACACCCAGAACUCCGAAGCCAUGCCAAGGCCCAGGGUUGGUGGACUGGACAGGGCACCUUUGACUUUGCAGAGGUCUUCUCCCUGACCCAACAGCCUGUACGAAUGGAAGCUGCCAAGGCCCGCUUCCGGGCUGGACGUGAGCUGCUGCUUCAGCAACAAGGCCGUAUCACAGCAGAGGUGAUGAUGGACAUCCUCAGGAACAAGGAGAGUGGCAUCUGCAUGGACUCCGGAGGCUUCCGCACCACAGCCAGCAUGGUGUCGGUCCUGCCCCAGGAUCCCACCAAGCCCUGUGUCCAUUUCCUCACUGCCACACCAGACCCAUCCAGGUCUGUAUUCAAGCCUUUCAUCUUUGAGAUGGGGGUGGCCCAGGCCCCCCAGGUACUGUCCCCCACCUUUGGAGCCCAGGACCCUGUUCGGAUCCUCCCCCGAUUCCAGACUCAGGUGGAUCGUCAGCACUUACUCUAUCGUGGACACCAGGCAGCCCUGGGGCUGAUGGAGGCCGGGCAGGAUCAGGGAAAACAGCUCCGGCAAAUGCAGCAGAGCCUGGAGCAGGAAGGCCUGGAGGCUCUCAGAGGACUACUUACUGGUGGACAGACCCCACCUCCCCAGGCGCUGGGCAGCCUCUUCCAGGCCUUUGUGGAGAAGGAGCACCAGGCCUAUGCUUAAGCAUGCAACAGCUCCUGGUCCACUGGGUGCAGGAGCUCUGAGUCCAGCUGUGAGCUGUGGGGCGGUCCCAACCAUCCCUUCACACCACUCAUCCAGGCUCUGGGUGGCUGGUAAAGCCGCUGACUUAAUAAAUAUGUUUUAUUUCCUUGUUUA